AAAAAAAGUAACCCGUUGAAAAGAGGCACAAAAGUCAACCGCCGCGGCCAUUAACGGAGGGCGGGAAGUCGCUGGAGGAUCUUUGAACGAGUUUGUGCCGCCCUCAGCUGCUCCCGCCUCGCCCCGCCACGGUGAUGGAUAACCCAGGUCAUAGUAUUUUUGCUGGAGGCAGUUUACACUUGGAUGGCAUAACAGCCAACAAUGAGGAGGAGGACCUGCAGAGGGAAGAGGAGGAGGAAGAGGAAAACAGGAGGAGAGAGCAGGAAAUACAGGACUUGCUAGUUAAUGUCUUUGAUGACUUGGAGGAUGAGGAGUCCUACUCACACCACUCAGGCCACCCCUACACAGUCCCCGGCGGUGGUGGUGAAGGUGAUGAGGGGGGUGGGAGCGGUCUGGGUGGAGCAUUACCAGAGGCUUAUCCAACACCCACCCACCACCAAGUUAGUCACAGCAGCUACCAGGACAACCAGAGUGACAUAUAUGGCCACCAGGAUGCAUAUCACCAAGAUGGUCAGUUUGGUGGGUUUCCAGAGGAUAGACAGUCACUGGAGGAUGUCUCGCACAGAAGCAGCAGCAGCAGUGUGGCCCCGUGGAGUGAGGACAGUCGAGGCACCUCCCCUACAAUGUUCCACCCUCUCCAAGGCCAUGACACUGCCGGGAAUGACCUGGAUGAUGGCACAAUGGUGGGUGACCCGUAUGAGAGAGACUACAGGCCUAUGGAGGACCCGGAGUGUAGAGGGUCGCAUGUGGAAGCCUACAGUAGUGACCAUUUUCAUCCACAACACUUGGCGAGGCAGGACAACCAGGAUAUGUUAGACCUCAAUGACCAGUACAAGGAGGCGGAGACUUCUUACACUCAACUGAAGCUCCUGUAUGAAGUCAGAGGCAGGGAGCUGGACCGCCAGAUGUCAGACUUUGCCAAGUUACAGUUUGAGAGUAGCCGUGACAUACGUGCCUUACAACACCAGCUAAAUCUAAUGAGGUCUGAAAAUGAAGGAAAGUCAGCUAGCAUCAAGCAGCUUCAGAUAUUGCUGUCAGAAAAAGAUGAGAGGGUGAAGGCUCUUGUUACUGAUAUGAAGGACAUUCAGAGCAAACUCUUAGCUCAGCAGGAUGAAAACAAAAAGCUCCAUCUUGAACUAGAGACGGCAGAGUCCACAAUAUCCAGCCUAGAGUGUCAAGUAUCAGAGCUCAAAGCAAUGGAUAGCCUCAGCAGGAACCAAAAGCUCCAAGAGGAGUUCAUCCAGAAACUCCAGCAGGGCAAUCAGGAGAACAAGGACAUGCUGUUGUCAAAGCUGCAUGAGUCCCAGAAAGAGGCACAGGUGUCACAGCAGGAGGUGAAGAGACUCCGCGAGGAACUGAGGAACGUAAGAAAUAUGUAUGAUGGGGCAGUUGUGCAGAAAACAGAGACCGUGGCCAAGCUGAACUUGACAGUAGAGACCUUGAGGAAACAGUACGAACAGCUCCUUCAGGCUCACGACAGUCAGGAAAUACUAAAGCUGGAGCUGAAGGUGAAGAGUUUGGAGGCCAGUAACCGCAAUUGGGAAGAGCACGCGUCCAUGCUUGAAAUUGAACUCAAGAAGACAAAAGAAGACCUAAAAAGCUACGACAUGGCAAUGAAGCUGGGGGUCAUGAAGGAAGUAAUACCUGAGGACGACUCCAUGGUGGUUCUGGGCAUCAAGAAAACCCUCAACUAUAACGACACAGUAGCCAAGGACACACUUGAGGGCGGAGGCAACAAAUGCAAUAAAAAAUUACCAGAUGGUGAUGAAGGCCUCAAGAUCAGUGAGGAGCUGAAAAAGAGCCUGAUGAUCAAUAAAGCCAAGAGGGAGGAGAUUGCCAUGUUGCGGGAGGACAUGCAGGAGAAACAGGCCAGGAUCAGAAAGGCUGCCAGUGACCUGCGGGAUGCACAUGUUGAGAUAAAGCAACUGAAGGAGCGGAUUUUGAAACUCGAGAUGGAGAAGGAUGAAAGGGAGGUGAGAGAAGGAAGCAAUGAAAAUGGACUGAGAAGAAGAGGAGGCACUAGCUCUUCAGUGAACAGGGAAGAAGAGAUUCAGGUAGAAAACUCGUCACUGCGUCAAGAGGUUGCACAUCUAAUGGCCUGUGUGAGGGAAGCCAACCAGCAUUACAACAACCUGAGGGAUGCAGUGACUGCCUUUAAGAACACUCUGCAUGACAGCCCAUCCAAGGAACAGCUUGUGCCUGUCAUUACCAAGGUGGACGAGUUCCUUAGCCUUGCUGAAAAUGGAAGGAAGCUGUCUGGUGAGGUUGAGUACCUUCACGAGAUGCUGACAGAUAUGAGGAAGGAGAAUGCCACGCUGCAUCAGGCCCAGACGCUGUGGGAAAGGAGACUUGGUGGCCUUGAAGUGAGCCUCAAGGUGUCGGAGAAGAUGAUAAGGAGAGUAGUGACUGACCCAGAGAAAGCGAGUGAAAUAACUCCCUCCCUCACCACACUUCAAAAGCUGCUCACUGACCUUGGGGAGAUGGUGACAGUGGUGAAGAGUGAAGUUCAGGAGGCCCACCAGGACAAACUUAGGCUGCAAAGUAAACUCUCAACCUGCCAAAUGGAAGUGGAGAAGGCAAAGGAUAGAGUUGCUAAACUUGAACAGGAGAAAGGUAACUUAGAGGCACAGGCAGCAGAUUUGGAAAGGAACAAGCAGAUGGAAAAAAAUGCAGAGCUAGAAAGCUACCAAAGGACCUACCUGAAGUUCCACGAGGAGGCAAUGCACGAGCUGGAGGCCAACGUCAAGGUUGAGUACGAAAGGAUAGUGACAGACUUAAAGGAGAAGAUUGUUGAGUUGGGCAGGGAGUUGAAGGAGGCCAAGGAGUGCUACAUACAGGUGUGUCAGGAGAAGAACCAGCUGGAGGAAAGACUGGAACAUCUUGAGAACAGACCUGUACCUGAGGAGUCCCAGAGGACCCAGCAAGGCACCAGAACAACACUCUCAACCCCUGACUCUGGCAUCAGUGGUGAAGCAGUGGUUCACAAGCCUCAGCAAGCACAAGAGACAAUGCAAAACAAGGAAAUUGAAACCCUCAAAGAGGAGUUAGUCUUUGUCAAGGCACGGUACAUGGAACAGAGCAAGAAUAUGGAAAAGCAGAGGGAGCAGUUUGCCCUCAUUUGUGGACAACACUCUGAGGAGGUUGACAACAGGGCAAGACAGAGAAGCAGUCAUGGCACAAGGGAAAUGCAGGAAACAUGCAGUAAGCUGGAGAAACUUAAUCAGGAGUUGCGAGACAAGUGCCAGGAUCAGGAAGCUGAGAUAGUAAGGCUCAAGGAAGCGUUAUCUGAAGAGGCCAUGUCUGAGGAUAAGGGGGCAUGGAAAGCCAUCUUGGAGAGGCAGCAGAAGAGAAUGAAUGAGGAAAAGGAAGAAUUGAGGACUUACUUCAGGAAUACCAUUGAGGAGUUACAGAACAAAUAUACACAAGUAGGGACCUCACAACUGUUGGAGGACAAGGUAAUGGAGCAAGUGACUGCCAUGAAGACCAAGAAUGACAAGAUUACAGAGUUGAAAAAUGUUAAUGCAACCAUUAGCAGGGAGCUGGAGAAAGCAAAAGCCAGCCUACAGGUGCAGGAGGAGGAGAGGGAGAAAGAGGUGGAGAAGUUGACAGACAUGAUACAAAAGAGAGAGGAUGAACUCAGGGAGAAGCAAGAACAGACUGAUGUUAUUAGACACGGCUUCCAGAGCUACAUGGAGAAAGCAAAGGCAGAACUAGAGGGGAAAGAAAGGAAAAACAUCCACCUCAAGCUGAAGUUAAAAAAGUACAAUGAAAUGAGGAAUCAAAUCAAAUUUUACAAGGACGAGCUGGAGAAAGUGUGGGAAGAGUUUGCAGACACAAAAGCAGCUAUCACAGAAAGGAUGCAGAGCUGCCUGGAGGAGGUGAAGGGGAUGUUUGUGGAGCAGGUGGAGUCGGUGAAGGAAUCCCUGAGUGGAAUAGAGGGGUCGAAACAGGUCGCUGAAACACUGCAGGAACUUGAUGAACUUGCUGCCAACGUCAAGAAUAUCAAGUUGAUCAUAUGAACUUUUGGAUAAAUUUAUCCAGAUUUUCUUAAGUAGCUUUACUGAAAAAAGGAAUGUGAACCAAAGCCUACUAUUUUUUUUAGUAUCACUAUUUGUUUAUAUUUAGUGUUUUUAUGAGUAUAAGUGAUCGAUUGCACAAAAAAAUAUAUAGUUGAGCGUUUAGAUGUGAUGGAGGUGUCCCUCCCCCCCUCC